CAAGUUAAUGACAUCGCGUUUGGCAUAUUACCAAAAAUAAAUGAAACUUUUCGCAACAUGAUUGAAGAACUAAAAUCAAAUCACAAUUUCGAUAAGAACAUGGAUGAACUACAGGAUCAUAUUGACUAUAUAAACUUCAUUUUCAGCCAAGACAGAGAACAAGAACUUAAGUGUGAAUUAGAUAAAACCGAGUUUACACCUACAUCGAAAUUUUAUGAAAAACUGUCGUUCCUAAGAGAUAGCCAAGGGCCGUUUAAAUGUUCAACUUGUAAUGAGAUUAUUACAAAAUACGAUCGCUAUCACAUACACGUAGCCCAGCACAAUGGCACGAUACCAUUCCAAUGUCGGCUUUGCGUGAUGAAAUUUGAUAAGUUCAAGAAUUAUCUAACGCACGUAACGAGGCAUUUGGGCAUUAAUAUAUAUCACUGUAAUGUGUGCGACAAGGGUUAUCCAUUGAAAUCAGAGUUAGACAGGCAUUUAACUUUGCAUACUGGAGUCAAACCGUACUUGUGUCCUAUAUGUGGAACAGGAUUUAGAGAUCGCAAAGGUUACGACAAUCAUAUAAGACGCCAUGAAAAACGUUUUCGUUAUGAAUGUCAUAUAUGUAAACAUGGCUUUAAUCAUCUAUAUAAACUGAAUACUCAUAUUAAAUCUCAUCUCAAUAUACGUGAUGUCAUCUGCAAUGUUUGUGGUAAAGGUUUUACAGCCGCUACAUAUCUACACCGUCACAAACUUAUUCACGGGGAGGAAAAACGUUAUAAGUGCAAUGUGUGCGGUAAAGCAUUUGCUCAAGAUUCCGGUUUACGAACACACCGAAAACAACAUCAACCAUAUGCUACGAUAGCGGAAAAUAAAAAUUUAUUAAAUGUAUUUAAAUAGUUUAUCAUUCAUUUAAACCUAAAUAAAUAAUUUUAAAAUAUACAAA